AUGACCCCGGCAGCUCUGUCGGUCGUCAAGCUUCUCGGAGUCGCUCUCAUCAACCUACCUCUAUCGUACGCUGCUCCGCUGUUCUCCAAGUCCGACUCGCCCGUCUACAGACGCGAAGAGCCCGAGCCCAAGUCGCCAGAAGACCCCCAGCUAUGGGUCUAUCUGGGUGUUGCCAUUGCCCUCGUGCUCCUGGGUGGAGUCUUUGCCGGCCUGACGAUUGCACUCAUGGGCCAGGACGAGAUCUACCUGCAGGUCAUUGCUACCUCGGGUGAGGGAAGCGAGAAGAAGAGUGCUGCCAGGGUUCUGCGCCUGCUGAAGAAGGGCAAGCAUUGGGUCCUCGUCACGCUGCUGCUCAGCAAUGUCAUCACCAACGAAACCCUGCCCAUCGUGCUGGACCGCUCGCUGGGUGGUGGCUGGCCUGCUGUGCUGAGCAGUACCAUCCUCAUUGUCAUCUUCGGCGAGGUCGUUCCUCAAUCCAUCUGUGUCCGUUUCGGUCUUCCCAUUGGCGCCGCCAUGUCUCCCCUCGUCCUAGGUCUCAUGUGGCUCAUGGCCCCGGUGGCCUGGCCCACUGCCAAACUCUUGGACUGGUUGCUCGGCGAGGACCAUGGUACUGUCUACAAGAAGGCAGGCCUCAAGACGCUCGUCACUCUCCACAAGACUCUAGGCACUACCCCGUCCGAUCGCCUAAACGAAGACGAAGUCACCAUCAUCAGCGCCGUUCUUGACCUCAAGGACAAGCCUGUCGGCGAUAUCAUGACCCCCAUGGGCGACGUCUUCACCAUGUCGGCUGACACAGUCUUGGACGAGAAGAUGAUGGACACCAUCCUGUCCCAGGGCUACUCCAGAAUCCCCAUCUAUGCACCUGAUAACACCCGUAACUUCAUCGGCAUGCUGCUCGUCAAGAUUCUCAUCACCUACGAUCCUGAAGACAGCCUGCGCGUUCGUGAUUUCGCUCUUGCUACCCUCCCCGAGACCAAGCCCGAAACAAGCUGUUUGGACAUUGUCAACUUCUUCCAGGAGGGCAAGUCACAUAUGGUCCUCGUAUCGGACUUCCCUGGUCAAGACAAAGGUGCUCUCGGUGUUGUUACUCUGGAAGACGUUAUCGAGGAACUUAUCGGAGAGUGA